CGCAUUGUGGUGAUCCGCUGUGUCUCCAGCAAGACACAACUCAUCCAGGCCAGGGAUAAAAGGAGAGAGAGAGAAAAAAAAAAGGAAACGCAAGGGUUUUGGUGAAGGCACCAUCCGCAAUGACUAACUCCGUGGCAGGAUCCAGGCGCUGCACACACAUCUAGUCCGCAUCAUUCCCUGACAGCAUCCUGAGAGAGAGGAGAGGAGAGAAAGAGAGAAAAGCGGGGCUUGUAUCUCAGGUAGCUGGGGACUGCGAUAGUGCAGCAUGACGGACACGGUGAUGAGCAGCGGCUCGGGUCGCUGGAUGUCCAACGACAGACAGAGGAGCAAGCAUGCGAGUGAUAAAGAGCAGGGCAACUGGACCACGCAGCCAGGCACUGGUGCGGCUCCAGAGCUGACAGAUGAAGAGAAAGAGAUUAUAAAUGGCGUCAUCGCCCGUGCGGAGAAAAUGGAGGUCAUGGAGCAAGAGAGAAUUGGGCGGCUGAUAAAUCGCCUGGACGACAUGAAGAAGACCGUGUGUGGGGAUGGAGUUUCCCGCUGUUUGCUGUGUGGGGAAGCGCUGGGCUCACCUGGGGUCAGCUCAGUGGUGUGUGAGGACUGCAAAAAGAACAUGUGUACCAAGUGCGGUACUCAAUGUGGCAGCCGGCCACGUGCUGUGUGGCUGUGCAAGAUCUGCAGAGAACAGCGAGAGGUGUGGAAGAGGUCUGGUGCCUGGUUCUUCAAAGGCUUUCCUAAGCAGUUCUUGCCAUCACCCAUGCCAUUAUCUAAGCCAGAAGCAGGUUCACAGAAAGCAGCAGAGCCUCAGAGGCCAAAAGUCUCUGAGCCCCAGGAGGCACUAACCCAGCCACAACCACCAGGUGCAGAGUCUCAGGGCCGUGCUGGUUACCCACCUGUGGCGCCUAAACCACUUGCACGCAUGGCCACGGGCGGGGCUGGCCCUGAAGAAGCGGGUCAGGGCAGUCCAGUAGUGAUGAAAAAGAUGGUGCCUGUCCAGAGCUCCAGACCACAGCCUGCUGUCACAGGCACCAUGGCCCAGCAGGGAGAUGGAGGUGCUUAUUCUUCUAGUGUUGCUGCUCCAGAGCAGAGAGCACCUCCUGCAAUGAGAGAAGAAAGGAGGCAGCCCACUGCCUAUAGUAGCCCUCCCUCUCGACAGCAGUCUGCUCCCGCUGAGGUGGACGAGGAGGCCAAUGACUAUGACUCUGAUGAAGCCACCACUCUGGGCUCUCUUGAGUUCAGCCUGCUCUAUGAACAGGAGAGCAACAGUCUCCACUGUAGCAUCCUCAAAGCAAAGGGACUGAAGCCCAUGGACUCCAAUGGACUAGCAGAUCCUUAUGUGAAGCUUCAUCUGCUGCCAGGGGCCAGUAAGUCAAACAAGUUGCGCACAAAGACUCUGAGGAAUACCAUUAACCCUGCUUGGAACGAAAAGCUCACCUACCACGGCCUGACAGAUGAGGACAUGCAGCGCAAAACCCUCAGGCUUUCUGUGUGUGAUGAAGACAAGUUUGGGCAUAAUGAGUUUAUCGGGGAAACCCGAGUGGCGCUGAAGAAGCUGAAGAUGAAUCAGAAGAAAAACUUCAACGUCUGUCUAGAGAGAGUCGUACCUACGAAGAGAACUGCGACAGCUGGGGGAGCCAGAGGGAUCGCACUCUACGAAGAAGAGCCGGGGAAAGAUGGCACAGAGGUAGAAGAGCGCGGUCGGAUCCUGAUCUCCCUCAUGUACAGCACCCAGCUGAAUCGUCUCAUUGUGGGCGUGGUGCGCUGUGUUCACCUGGCUGCCAUGGAUGCUAAUGGCUACUCUGACCCAUAUGUCAAAAUAUGUCUGAAACCUGACAUGGGGAAAAAGGGCAAGUGCAAAACACAAAUCAAGAAGAGGACCUUAAACCCUGAAUUCAAUGAGGAGUUCAGUUAUGAAAUCAAACACAGUGAUUUGGCCAAGAAGAUGUUGGACGUCUCCGUGUGGGAUUAUGAUAUUGGGAAGUCCAACGAUUACAUUGGUGGAUGUCAGCUGGGAAUCACUGCCAAAGGGGAGAGACUGAAGCACUGGUAUGAGUGCUUGAAGAACAAGGACAAGAAGAUUGAGCGCUGGCACACCUUGUUUAAUGAAAAUCAUGUUGCUAGUGAUUAACCACACAGCACGGGCUUACACCUGUCCUCCCUGAUCCGCUUUCAUUCAUAUCCUCACGCACUUUUUUCCAUGGAGUCAAUUUUACUUGUUAGACCUGACCAUCACAUUGGCGCUGCUCAUUUUCAUCCUUCCUUGUUUUCGUAAUUCCUCCGCCUGUGGUGAUGCUGAAUCUGCCUUUGGCAAGAAAAUCAUAGAAUAAAUAAAGUCCGAAAUUUUAUCAGUGUAAUAAAAACAUCACACAGCUACAACAAGGCCUUCAUGCCAGGCACUGAUAUUAUAUAGUGCACCUAACUUGACACGUUCUUCACUUAAAGAAAUUAAGUUUGAAUUUCACUGGCACAGAAGAAGAAAAGCAAUAUGUUAUGGCUCAGAAACAUCAGUCAAACUCAUAAAAGCCUUCAUUGAGCUCACAUCUCAAGGUAUUAUUUUGACUUUUUCAUGAUGCUAUGUAUAACGUAGAACUGUAUGAGCAUGCCACGCCACACACACAAGAAAACACGCAGCUGCACCUUAAAAUAUCUCAGCUGUAUGAACGUAAUGUAUAUUUCCGUGAAGAAAUGUUUACAUAUUGAUACAUUGCUCAGGUUAGGGUAGACAUCUGACAAUACAGAUGAUUCAUAAGUGAGUGGAUCAUGAGCUAGGUGAAUCUUUAAUAUGUUGCUGUUAAUUUGUGAUUUUAAAAUACGAUAGCACACACCUAUAUAGUUUUAAAAAACUGUGAAUUUUAAGUUUGUGGGAAGUAUUAACUAUGUGUGUAGAGAAACCUAAAAAAAAGCUUUUUCAUUUGAUAACUUAGUUACGGUGAGAUCUGGCAGGAGUAGAGGGACUCUCGUCCUGCUGCAUCUCCCCCUUCUUCGUAGCUCGCGGUUCACUCUGGCACCUCAGAGGUUUUCUAUUGCAGUGUUUACAAGUGAAUGCACAAAGUUAGGUUUUCUUGCAGGCAUGCCUACAUAAUGUGGCUGCUUUGUUCAACGAGGAGAGAAGGUGGAGCAGAUUAUGUCAAAAGUAAUGUGCAGCUUUACCUGCAUGCACUGUGCUUGUGACUCUCAUGUGCCUGGGGCAAACAUGGCCCGCUUAUACCCCAACGUACCCUUUGAACAAAGCAGGGCCCUUUUCCCCUUUGCCACUGAUCAUCCAAGGCUUUGGUGUGUGUUUUAUCACUACUCACAGCAAACCAAGGAAAGCACACCUUACAAAAGUGGAAUGACCUCAAUUUAUACAGCUGUCUGCAAGUUAAUCCAAUGUCAAAGCAAAGACAAAAACAAAAAAAUCCUAUGCAUGAAAUGUCUUGUGGGUCAAGAUAUAUAUACUUUGUAAAAACAAAAAAGAUAAAAUAAAUGCUAUUGUAAUUCUAUUAAUGUUUACACUACUUCCCCAUUACAUUCCUAUUGAUACUUUAUAUUCUGUACGAGAGGCCAUACUCUGCAUGACUAUGAUGACUAUGGUGUAAUCUGAAUAAACUGGUUCGUUAGCAUUCACAGGACUGACUAAAAAACCAAUGAAGCACAUCACCAUUAGAGCUUAUUUACUUCUAUCAGUGUCAGACCAAGAGUAAUCUCAAUGUUUGACUGAAAAGACCUGUACCUGCACAUUUAAAUCCUUCCAAUAUCUCCCUUCUCCUGUAAGGCCACUACGCCCCCAUGUGGCAGUAAUUCAGACAUCCACUAACCCUACACUGUGCACUUCAGCUACAUGAUAUCAACAUCAUCUAUUGUUGUUUGAAAAAAAAAAACAGGCUUCUCUCUGGGCUAUAAUCCUAGCUGUCUUCUACUUGAUUCUGCCAGUUCAGUGGAAUGUUAAUCUCUGUAUUUGUACAUAGAUAGUGCAUGCAGAUGAAAUAUGUAUGUUUGCAAAGAACUUUGCAUGUAAAAAUUUUGCAGAGUUUACACGGACCAAUAAAGUCUAACA